CAAAAAAACCCCAAAAAACAAAUGUCCAGAACACAUUGUGAGGGGGCAUGUCCUGAUUUCAGGUAACCAGGCGCAUGUGUUAGAGUUAGAUACUAAGGUGGCCAGGAGAAAUUAAUUGCUCAGGAACACAGUGCAAAAUGUCGACUUUCUUACCCAAAAUUGUAUUCCAAGAACCAUCCCCUUACCUUGUCCAGCUCUCAGCAAAAAUGUGUGCUUUCCCCGUUCUUUACCUGAAGCUGACUUGGCCUCUCUUCUCAGAACCAGAAAGCCGAGAGCCAGCACGAAGGCUGAAGACUUCCCUGGAAUUGCAGGGCACAGAGUAAGCCUAUAAGGCUCCCUGGGCUCUAAGCAGAUUAUUGAUAUCACUACUCUUUACUGGGUGAUCAGCAGGCCCUCUUCUCACUCAGUCUUUGCAGCACCCAUGGCCUCUCUUUCACACUGAACUGUCCCACUCUGGAAACCCGGCUCAUACCCUCCACCCCAUUUGACUACAGAACCUGACCUGACCUAAUCAGAAUCAAUUUUCAAUCUUUCCUCAUCUCACUUAUUGUGAACAUUUACACCAUUUCUUGAAGUAAUUAAAAUUUAAUACCCCAUAUCAAACCGAGGGUGUUAGGAUAUAUACCAUCUAUCAGUGGUUCUCAACCUUCCUGAUGCUGCGACCCCUUAAUACAGUUCCUCAUGUUGUGGUGACCCCCCCCCAACCAUAAAAUUAUUUUUGUCGCUACUUCCUAACUGUAAUUUUGCUAGUCUUGGGAAUCGUAAUGUGAAUAUCUGUGUUAUCCGAUGCUCUUAGGCGACUCCCAUGAAAGGGUGGUGAGACCCAAGGGGUCGUGACCCACAGGUUGAGAACCAUUGCUAUAUAAGCAAAGGGAAACCCCUCUAAAAUUCAAAGCACUCCAAAUUCAGGAAAUAUACCUGGCCUUGGGAAUUUCUGGUUUAAACAGGGCCUUGGCCAUUUUUUUUUUUUGAGCUAAGGAAAUUGAGUCACUCACUCGCUUCUUGGCUUUUUGGCUAAGAUCAAAUGUAGGAAGUCAGAUUCGCUCGGUUCGGAGUGGAACGUAGCGCUUUUGCAUUUUAUUGAAAAGUUAAGGGUCUCUGUAUUCUUGCACCUGGUACCUGGAGCUGCCUGACAACUUGAAGAUGCGGGUAGUGCAGGACCCAUACCGUCUUUGGCUGCAGGGCAAAGGGGGCUUCCGGGGCGGCAGCCACCUGGCCCGGCCUCCUCCGGCCCCGCCCGCUUCAGCUAGGCGCGGUGAUUCAUUCCCUCCUUUGCCCGGGGGCCCCCUUCCCGGCCAGACGGCGGGACAAACGGCUGGGCGUGCAGCGACUUCGAACUCGUGAGCCAGAAAACAACUUCUGUGUCCAGCGACUCCAGCACACACCAUGGCGGACUCUGAGCGCCUUUCAGCCCCUGGCUGCUGGUUAGCCUGCACCAGCUUCUCGCGUACCAAAAAGGGACUUUUCCUGUUUGCUGAGAUUGUACUGUGCCUGGUGAUUUUGAUUUGCUUCAGCGCUUCUACAUCCGCGUACUCCUCCCUGUCGGUGGUGGAGAUGAUCUUUGCUGCUGUCUUAUUUGUCUUCUACAUGUGUGACCUGCACUCCAAGAUAUCAUUCAUCAACUGGCCAUGGACUGACUUUUUCCGAUCCCUUGUCGCAGCUAUCCUUUACCUGAUCACCUCCAUUGUUGUCCUUGUAGAUGGAAAGGGAGGCUCGAGAAUCGCCGCUGGGGUGCUGGGCAUAUUUGCUACAUUGCUCUUUGGCUGUGAUGCCUACUUCACCUUCCCUCUCAAGCAGCAAAGACAUACAGCAGCCCCUACUGACCCCACAGAUGGCCCGUGACCCUCAUCUAUCUGUCUCUGCUACCUGCAAAUAGCUCCUCCACCGAAAACUUCCUCUUGCUGGGUCCGGUGGCGUUCGCCUUUAAUCCAAGCACUCAGGAGGCAGAGAUGCGUGUAUCUCUGUGAGAUCGAGGUCAGCCAGGGCUACGCAGUGAGACCUUGUUUAAAAAAAAAUACCUCCUGUUUCCACAACACUCCCAGCCAAUUCUCUGACCCCACUGAAGUGCUUAUGGUACAGGAGAUUGAACCUAGAGCCACCUGCAUACUAGGCAAGCAGUCUCCGCUGAGCUAUAUCCCCUGGAAAAGUGCCUUUGUUGGGAGAGUGUUGUCUUCCAGCCUGCCAAUCAACCCUCCUGGGUGUGGUCACCUUUUUGGGUAUGCCUAGGUCCCCCUUUGCUCUGCAGUACCAGCAGCUGAUUUGAGUUCUGCUUGAACCAUUCCCCCACAUAAGCCACAAAAUGAGUGACCCACUACAAAUAACCUUUUCUCUGUGUGGGGUGAGCUGUGAAGGGCUAAAUAAAUAAUAAUCAGAUUGUUAAAAUCUA